GCUGCCCUGCCUGCCAAUAAGAGACCGCUCCAGUGCUUGACAACAGCCAGCCCAGGGCAUGUGAAUCCUUUCCCUUGAGGAUUGUCGCACAAGAAGUCUCGCGGGGGAGAUCAGACGGCGCCAGCUCGCCAUGCCGGUGGAGACCCUCCAAGCCAGCCGUGCCAUGAGCACCGUGACGGCCACAGCCCCUUUCACCUCCGCCAUGCCCUUCCGUAUCCUCAACAAGGGGCCUGAAUACUUUCGCAGGCCUCCGGUCAGCACCUCCCGGAAGCUCAGCGCCGUGGAACGUCUGGAGGCGGACAAAGCCAAGUACGUCAAGAGUCAACAAGUGGCCACCACCAAACAGGACCCCAUCCGGCCAUUGCUGCUCAAACAGCCGCUCUUCACCCCUGGCGUCAGGCGGGCAAUAUUCACCCCCAACCGCAAGGUCCCUCAAGUGGGGCGGCGGGGAGAAGGCGGCGGGGCCAAAUCGUCCCUCAACUUGGAAAUCCUCAAUAACUUGAUCAAUUUUUGCGACAGCCCCCUUGCCUUCCCCAAACCGGAGCUGAGCCCUUCGGACAGCCCGUGGAUAUCCAAGGUCCAUAGCCGGAAUCUGGACAACCUCCCUUCCACCCCUAAGAAGAAGCCCAUGACCGACAUGAGCAAACUCUCGCAAAGUUCGGCGUCUUCCAAGCCAUCCAGCACUGUAGCCGUCCGCCGAGUGGACGUCCGGCCCUGCGGUGUGUCGCCGGCCAGAGGUACCCCUGCUAUCCAACUGUCUCCGCUCCGCUCCCCCAGCGCCCCCAAAAACCUGCCUGCCACCCCUCUCAGCUGCCCGAGCCCGAGGGGAGAGCCGCGGACCGAUAGCGCCAAACGCCAGACCUUGUUACACCGGUCCAAAUCGGACUUGAGCGACCGAUAUUCGCGGGCCACGGCCGACUUGGAACGCUUCUUCAACUAUUGCGGUUUGGAUCCCGAGGACGUCGGCGACAUGGAGAUGGAGAGGUUCACUCGAGCCAGCUCGGAUAUUGUGUCCGUCAAGUUCCACAGCGUCAGCACCAGCAGUUCGGUGGGGACCCACUCCCGACGCAGCACCGUCACCGUAGAGGACAGGCAAGCCGAACGCAUGCCGUACGGGAUCUCCAUCAUCGAACGCAAUGCUCGGGUCAUUAAGUGGCUUUAUGGACUCCGACAGGCCAAAGAGGCGCAGAAGGUAUCCAACGUAUAGCAGCCGUC